AUGCUCAACUCCAAUCAUAAUGAACUCAAAGAAAUAUUUAAGUUCAACAAGUCAAAUCUGUCGUCGGGUGCAUUCACCCUCAAUCGCCUGAAGUCGGAUUCUCAUAAAUUCGCUCCCGUCGCGGCUGAGGAGCUUCUCCCGGCGAGGAGGAGUGGCUGUGCGACGGGACUGGUUCACGGCGAGGGACGGGCUCGCGGCGUUGCUGCUGGUCACAGACUGAGAAAGGCUCGCGGAGGAGAGUUCGCGUCGGAGGUUGCUGGUCGCUGCGCGAACAGGGCUCGCCGGAAGAGGAGGGCUGCCGCGAUGGCGAGAGGAUGGUGGUGGCGGCGAUUAAGGCUGGCGAUGAGGCGAAUUUUGCGAGAAGAAAUUGAGGGAUCGAAGGAGUAG